AUGGCAUCUCACAAGGCCUGCCCAGAGGAGCACCAGCCGUUUAUCGACAUGGAGAAUCCAAACUUGCGGAAACGCACACGCUCAUCCCUGUUGUCAAAGGAAGUCGUGGCCGUGCAGUGGGGCAUAAUCAUUGUGCUUCUCAUCAUAGUGGUCACUGGUCUGAGUAGCCCUCGAUGGGACAAACGAUUGUGUCUCCCAUCCGAUCGGAUCAGGUCACCCGCAGAAGAUGCCAUCGCGUAUCGGAACAUCCAAUUUGACCCUGGAACAAUUGAUGAAAAGACAAAAUACCAAGGGAAGCCAUCGCCAGAGGUCGAUGAAGCAUGGAAAGACCUUUAUCGUUAUGCAAUCAGUCGCAUACCAAGGGAUCAGGCGCAGAAACUGCACAACAAGACUGUGCCCAUACCGGGCGACCCAGGGUUUUACAUCGCCGGACUAGAUGUGUUCCAUCAGCUGCACUGUUUGGCAAGUAGCCAUUACUCUAAUCUAGGGCUCUGGCUAAUACGUAGCUACGCACAGAAUAUGCUCCGAAAGAGGCUCUGGACAGCCAGCAAAAGCUUAGCAGAUGAGGACGAGGAUGAGAUAGAGCAUGUCGAGCACUGCAUCGAGUCCGCCCGCCAGUACAUGAUGUGCACCGCAGACAUCAGUCCUAUCGUCUGGACAUGGAACACGCGAACGAACACGUCACGACCAGUGGCAGAAAUCUACCAUACGUGCAGGGACUUCGACGCUCUUCACAGAUGGUCAAAGGAGCACGCGCUUGAGAGCUUCGAUCCGUAG